UGAUGGUAAAAUGGUAACGUAUGUGACGUGUGUCAAGAUGUUUGCAUUCCGAUAAAGAAAAACAUUAGCUGGACUUUCUUUUAUUAUGUAUAUCUGAAAAUGAAUAGUCUUGGUUUAAGUUUAAUUUUAAAAAUGGGUUGCAUUUGCUCUAAAGAAACAAUCACAAUAAAUUCAAGAAAUUAUACAGUUCGUGAACAUCUUGGAGAAGGUGGUUUUAGCACUGUAUUCUUAGUGGAAGAUGCUAUAACUCAUAAGAAAUAUGCCAUUAAAAAGAUCAUUUGUCAUGGAUUGGAGGAUCAGAGAUUAGCAGCAAAAGAAAUAGAAUAUCAUAAUCUUGUUAAACAUCCAAACAUUAUAGAAUGUAUUGAUUCAACAUAUAUAGGAAUAGUGGAUCCAAUUGUUAAUGCAACCAGUGAAGUAUUGAUUGUUUUACCAUAUUAUCAUAGGGGUACUCUUACAAAUGAGUUAGAAAGACGUGCUAAGAAUAAGGAUUAUAUGAGUGCAUUAGAUAUUUUAACUAUAUUUUUACAAAUAUGUGAAGGUGUAAAAGCAUUUCAUGAAGCAAAACCAGAACCUCUUGCUCACAGAGAUCUAAAGACUUCAAAUAUUGUUCUUGAUGAUGGAAGUACACCUAUUAUAAUGGAUUUAGGUUCUGUAGCACCAGCUAGAGUUAAAAUAUGUGGUUCACAAGCAGCGCAAACUUUACAAGAUUUAGCAGCUGAAAGAUGUUCAAUGCCAUAUAGAGCACCAGAAUUAUUUAAUGUAGAAAGUUAUUGUAUGAUAGAUGAACGAACAGAUAUUUGGUCUUUAGGAUGCAUUCUUUAUGCAUUGUGUUACUUUAAAUCACCAUUUGACACAGUAUAUGAGAGAGGAGACAGUGUUGCUUUAGCUGUAAUGAGUGCAAAUAUUACAUUUCCAGAAGAUGCUCCAUAUACUGAGGAUAUGCAAAAUCUAAUUUUAUCAAUGUUAAAGGUAAAUCCCAUGGAACGUCCUUAUAUAUAUAGCAUUAUAGAAAAUGUACAUGAUUUUAUCUCGAAAUUAGAAAACAAAGUAUAA